AUGGAGGAAUAUGGCACGCAGGGCAAGGUGGAUUCCAGGCAGGUCGCCGCGGCAUCCUCUGGAGCCUUGCAAAACAUCACGUCCUACCUCAACGGGACCCUCGUCAACCUCUCGUCCGCCUUCCAGGAGUCGAGCGAGUACCUCUCCGAGACCCUCGGCGUACCGCCAGGGCUCCUCUACAGCAGCCUCGCGGCGCUCGUCGCCGUUCCCAUCACCAUGUCGAGAUAUGGCUGGUCGCUCAAGCGCGAGCAGAGCUCCCCCUACGGCUCUCUCUCGGGCGGCGUCCCCGCUGUGACGGACGAUGACUUUUCCUACAUCACAUCGCAGGACCUGGAUGACGGCCCCUUGGGCACGUCGGAUGGCCGUUACCAUCCCAGGUCACAGUCCGCCGCCCCACCGGCGCCCGACGACGACGUCCUCCUCAUCAAGAACAAGGGAGUCACGUACCCAGCUCACUUCCCGGCAUAUGCCAUCGGCGACGGCAAGCUGCGCGUCAGGGAUGUGCGCGAGCGCAUCGGGUUGAUGAUGGAAUUGUCGGAGCGCGCCACUCGGCGGGUGAAGCUCCUGUACAAGGGCCGUCAGCUCAAGGAGCCCGCGGCGCCGGUCCGCGACUACGGCGUCAAGAACAAGAGCGAGCUUAUGGCAGUUCUCUCGGACGCCAGCAACGAGAGCAGCGCGUCCGACGAGGAGAUGGUGAUUGUCGACGACGCCGCGCGCGAGGACAAGUCGAAGCGCCGCAAGAAGCGAAAGGGCAAGAAGAGGGCUAACAGAGACGACGGCGAGUCUGCCAGCACCGGCUCCGCCAGGUCUCCGCCCCCGCCCGCUGCCGGCAGCGGGGCGUUGAAGCGCAUCGAGGAGCUGUCCACCGAGCUCACCACCAAGUGGCUGCCGCUGUGCGUGCAGUUUACCGCAUCCCCGCCCUCUGACCCCAAGGUCAGGGAGGACGAGCACAGGAAGCUCUCCGAGACGCUCUUCCAAAAUGUCCUGCUCAAGCUUGACGGGGUGGAGACGGAGGGCAUCGCUGAGGUGCGGACUAAGCGGAAAGAGCUGGUGCAACGAGUCCAGGAGGUGUUGAGGGGCUUGGAUGCUGCCAAGGGCUAA